GGCGGUAUAAAUAUUUCCCUGCUGUAGUUCCUGCAGUAGCAGGGGAAGCGAAGCAGCAGCGUCGUAAACAUGGCUGACGGUGGAGUGACAGAUGGACCUGACAAGAACGAUGACGUUGAACGAGCAAAGUGCGAAGGCAAAGAGAUGACCAAGGAGGAGAAGCAGCGGCUGAGAAAAGAAAAGAAACAGCAGAAGAAAAGCAAAGAGAAAAAAGAUGACGCGGCUUCACAGGAAAGCGAGAAAGGAAAAAAGUCGGACGGUAAAUCUUCUCCAGCGUCGCAGCCUUUACCAAAACCCACGACACAGAAAGCUCCUUCAGCAGUGCCUGCCCCUGCACCGGUUCCCAUGCCUGCCUCAGAAGCUCCUGCCCCGGCAGACAAGCCCGCUAAGAGCAAAGCUGAGCUGAAAGCUGAGAGGCGAGCCCGGCAAGAGGCCGACAGGGCGUCCAAACAGGGAUCCAAGAAGGGAGAGGUGGGUCCGCAGGCUUCGGCAGGCAAACCCAAAGCUCCACCCAGUGAGCUGCAGCCAGUGGUGAAGAGGCUCCCAGAACAUAUGCAAGUGGACAACCCAGAUGUUUUGAAGAAACUGGCCAAGAAGUUAGAGAGACAACAGAUCCCACUGCGAUUAGACUACGGCUACAAAGUCAGUCUGUUUUCUCACCUUCACCAGUACAGUCGCAAAGCCCCUCUAACACAGCAACUCAGCAUUCCUUCCACGGUGAUUCAUCCUGCUAUUGUACGACUGGGCCUCCAGUAUUCACAGGGAAUUGUGGCAGGAUCCAACGCUCGCUCGGUCGCCCUGCUGCAUGCCUUCAAACAGGUAAUAAGUGACUAUACUACGCCUCCAAAUGAGGAGCUCUCUAGAGACUUGGUCAACAAGCUCAAACCUUAUAUCAGUUUUCUAAAUCAGUGUCGCCCUCUGUCAGCCAGUAUGGGUAACGCAAUCAAAUACAUCAAGAAGGAGAUCUCCAAUAUUCCUAGUCAAUGCAAAGAAGAAGAGGCAAAGAGAAAACUGCUGAACUGUAUCGAGUGCUACAUUAAUGAGAAGAUCAUUCUUGCUGCUAAAGCUAUUGCCAAGUAUUCCAUAGAGAAGAUCAGUGAUGGAGACGUCAUUCUCGUUUAUGGAUGCUCGUCACUGGUCAACCACAUCCUGUGUGAGGCCUUCGAGAAAGCGAUCAAGUUCCACGUGAUCGUAGUGGACAGCAGGCCUCGGCUGGAGGGCAGGGAGGCCCUGAGGCGCCUGGUGCAGAGGGGCAUCAGCUGCACCUACGUCCUUAUCUCGGCUGUCUCUUACAUCCUCCCAGAGGUGUCGAAGGUGUUCCUCGGUGCCCACGCUCUGCUGGCCAACGGCUACGUCAUGUCUCGCGUGGGGACAUCCCAGAUAGCGCUGGUGGCCAAAGCCUUUAAUGUGCCUGUGCUGGUGUGUUGCGAGACCUACAAGUUUUGUGACAGGGUGCAGACGGAUUCCUUCGUCUCCAAUGAACUUGAUGACCCCGAUGACCUCAUUGUGACCCGUAAAGGAAAGACUCAGCUGGAGGACUGGCAGCAGGUGGACUCCCUCGGCCUGCUCAACCUGGUGUACGACGUGACGCCGCCUGAUUUCGUGGACCUGGUCAUCACGGAUCUGGGAAUGAUCCCGUGCACCUCGGUCCCCGUGGUGCUGCGGGUCAAAAACGUGGACCAGUGAUCGACCUCCGCCUCAGCGGUCGGAGCCAAGAGGCUGCGUCUGCAGUGUGUCGAUGGGGGAAGUUGUGUGCAUGAACGCCUGCACACAACACAUGUUGUGCUUUUACCAUGCAAUAAAUAUAUAUCUGAAAUGGCAUAAGCUUUUUAAA